GAAAGCAAAAACCGCGAAGACAAGUGAUUCAAACUUUGAAAGCUUUUUCUACAAAAUGUCAUAGAGUUUAACACACUUACGCCAAGCAAGAACAAAGCCAAAGUGAAAACGUGUUGAUUUGUAAUUGAAUUUGAAGCGGCAUUGGUUGAAGGGACGGUUCAUUGAGCGUGAAAAACUGUUUAUCUUGGGAAAUUUUGAAUUUAUUGGAGGAAUUGUUUGACUUCUUCUGAAAGUUUGCCUCUCAUCGUCAAGAUUAAUGGACUUAAAUACUGUUAUUUGUCAAGCAAAGUUAUUGAGGAUUCUAUUUAAGACGAGGCAUAAGGAAAGAGCUACAGACACAGGAUUUCUCUUCACUAUCUUCAUCCAAACGGUUGUCUCUCUUUUUUCCAAAUUAUGAAGCCUCAAUAUUCAUUUCUCGGAAUCAAGGUUUCAUCUCAUUUAUCUGUCAUCUGAUGUUCCUAUAAUGGAAGACAGCCUGACAUUAUUAACUUAAAUCAUAAAGUAAAGAGAUUUUCUUAGCAGCAAUUUAUUACUGUCAAGUGGAUUAUAAGCUUAUUUAACAACGUUGAAAGGCCAGACCCUUUGGUUUAAGCAUCUAAAAUGCCACGACCGUUGYAUGAAUACUUGGAUAGUCAGGCCAAUCCAGCAGAAAUUGAGGUUGAGGAAGAGGAAGGAGAGAGCUCAGAGGUUGCUGUUACUACAGCCACUAGUACAACAAGUUACAAUGUUAUAAAAUGGUCAGGUGGGCGCAAGAAGAUCCCAGUAGUGGCCUUCUCACCACACGUUUUGCUUCUUGGUCUGCAAGCAGAUCAGCGACAAGUUGCAGAAAAGUAUCAUCUUGCAUAUAAGUUUGUCAAGACGGAAUGCAAACUGGUCAGAAGUAUUUUGAAUUCCCACUGCUUUAGAGAGGUCCAUCCAAAUAGCCCCAGUUUUAACCUCAUGUGGACAGGAUCCCACCUCAAACCCCACACACUGAGAGGGAUGCAAGACUUCCAGAAAGUCAACCAUUUCCCAAGGUCRUAUGAGCUGACUAGAAAAGACAGAYUAUACAAAAACAUACAAAGAUUACAACAUUUAAAGGGAUACAAGCAUUUUGAUUACAUCCCCAACAGCUUUGUACUUCCAGAGGAGUACAAUGAAUUUUAUUCUGCUUUUAUGAAGGACAAGGGACCAUGGAUCGUUAAACCAGUUGCCUCCUCUAGAGGUAGAGGGAUCUACCUCACUAACCACCCAAGUCAAGUUCCUCUGGAUGAAAACCUUCUCGUUUGUAAANNNNAUAAAACCGUAUAUUUUUUUGUAGGGUUCAAGUUUGAUGUGCGGCUGUAUGUAGGAGUCACUUCCUAUGACCCUCUCAGAAUAUACUUGUAUGAGGAAGGAUUAACAAGAUUUGCGACAGUCAAGUAUGAUAAGAGUGUGAGGAAUAUUGGAAAUACCUGCAUGCAUUUGACCAAUUACAGCGUCAACAAGAAAAGUGAGAACUUUGUMAGCUGUCAAGACCCGGAAGUAGAGGAUUAUGGGAACAAAUGGAGCAUGAGUGCAUUGCUGAGGUACCUGAAGGAGAAGGGCAGAGACACUGCAGCUCUAAUGAUGAGGAUUGAAGAUGUGGUGAUCAAGACGAUCAUAGCUGGAGAACCCCUGGCUUCUUGAAGUUAAUCUGUCUCCUUCGUUAGCUUGUGAAUCUCCAUUGGAUUUAAAAAUCAAGUCUCAUUUGAUAACAGACAUGUUUAAUCUUGUUGGYUAUGUAGCACACGACCCUUUGGUUCGGAGGAACCCYAUACGCCGUGUACCAGAUUAUGCUCCCAGCAACAAGACAUACCAGAAACAGCGCACCAUGUCAGCAGGGCCAGUCCUUUCUUCCUCGUCAUUACGACCCUCUUCCUCCAGGAGGAAAGUAGACGAGACAUUGACCUUGACAUCAGAGGAAAUGAGAAUCCUUCGACAGACCAAYGAAGAACACGACAGACGUGGAGGUUUUGUUAGGAUUUUUCCAACGUCAGAAUCCUGGGAACUCUAUGGGUCAUUCCUGGAACAUCGAACGACCCACAAUCAAAUGAUCCAUUCGAAACUUUUUCCCGGAAAGAAAGCAAGUAUCCACCGACCGACAACCGCCAGCCUGUCUUCAGCCACAGCGAGAGCAAAAAAUCUGACCACCUAUGGUACGAGUCAGACACACAGUGGAUCUUCUCUGGAGCAAUCUGAACCCUCGAUCGCUGGUCAAGAAGAACUGAGCAUAACUUCACGUAUAACGUGCUACGAGAGAAAGCUAGAUAGCUGGAGUCCUGCUAUUUUACAGUCGCGAAGUACAGAAAACAUUCAGUCGCCUAGUACAGGGUCGCUUGACCAACAACCUUCAUCUCAUUCGCUCAGCAAACUGCAAGACAGCCACCAUGAGGUGCAGAGAGACAUGACUAAUCCUACGAUAGAAUUGACGGACAAACGUCCACAAGAGAGAACCAGUCUAUCCCAACCACAGGCGACUCUAGAGACGAGCRGCUCUAUUACAUUCAGUGCACCAAAACCUCGUGUCCAGUCAGCCAAAGARGCUCGACCUCCAAGACCACAGGCAKCCMACGAAACAGUSUCMAAACGAGUYCUAUCCGCACAACCUACUUUCAAAGCUAUACGCAUUGAAGACAUCAUGGACAAGUCUGGUUCACUUACGAAACUUCAAGCCCGCCAAGCCUUCGCAAUGUACUUACAACGUGUCCAGCAACGAUUGAUAUAUGAAGCCAAUUAUGACUCUGACGAUUCUACAGACUCGUCAAGACAGGAUGAACAAAUGUCCCUAGUGAUUCGAUUCCUGAAGAAAGCGGCUGGUAAUCUCCAACAGCCCUUCAAAGUGGUCAUACCAAGCCGUAAGCUACCGCUGCAUGACAGGAGAAGAAUUCUUGCCAAACAGUUAGGAGACUUUGUCCACGUCUAUGGAAAGGAAACAAAUCAGAUCCAAAAAAGACAAGAAAUCAGCCGCACGUAUGGACUAAACAGAAACACCAGCAACGGCAAUGAAAUAGCAGACGAGGACUUCAAGAUCUUCAUGGCGAUUGCAUGUGAGACAGAAUUGGAAGACUUACUGACCAGGUACACCAAACUUAACAAGAGUGCUAAUGUGUUCCUGGGUGGCCCCCCUGAGAAGGCUAAAGAAGACGAUGUUGGAAUAGGCAGCGUAGAGACGGGACUGAACAGAAGAAAAGAACCAGAGACUUCAUUACGUGUGCACUUACGGAGUAAAAGUAGUAGCGCCCAAGGAGACAGUGGUUGGGCCAGACCGCGAGAAGACUACGAACCUCCCAGUAAUGCGUCUUUAAUCGAGCGACAUAACCGCGCCCUUACUGCUGUAUCUGCCUACGGUACUUCCAUAGCUCUGAACAAGACCAAGAGUAGACCUGCUUCGGCAAAAUUCUCUUCAACUCGAGGUUCUGACAAAACCAGCAGAGCGUCCAGGCCUUUUUCUGCUAAAAUAUCACGUGACUACAAAGUUUCUGCCACUGAUGAUUCUGAUGACUCGACAACUCAACAAAAGGGUUAUCAAAAAACAAGUGAACAAGCCGUAGCUCAUGCAUUACAGAAGUUAGCCAAGAGACAGUCAGCCCGACAGUACUCACCCUUAGCAUCCAACACCACUACCUCAACCAACUGGCGAGACAUUUUGAGAAAGCUAGACCAUAAUGCAGACCAAGAUCUUACGAAAACAAAUGAUGAUGGUUAUGUCAGUAUUGUAAGUCACAUGACCAAGCAAGAUAACGACUCACAUGGGUAUUACAAGAAAGAUUCAGUCAAGUCACAUACCAGAGAUGCCAAUGCCAAUGCUACAUUUAACUCUUUUGUGAAUUACGACCAAGAUGAUUCUGAUGAACAGUUUCCACGUAAUGCUGAGGUCGAGACUGCGAUGCAUCGGCAUGCCAGAUCUCAUCCCUCCCAGUGGCGAUCGUUACGGAUUGAUUUACCAAAAGAGCAUGAUGACCAGACCAUGAAUCGAGAAAGAUUUGAAGAUGAAAGAAAGGCACCAUUAGAGUUAAAGAAGUCCAUCUCUCGUGACGAUUAUAACCGACAUAUCCAACUGUUGAAUCAAAAGCUAUCUGAACAGAAGCUUUCUGCGCAGCAGCCCUGCCUACCACACCCACCUCCUGGACCUUCCCCUGCCAGGAAGAUUAUUAAUGCCAAACGUAUGGCAAGGCUCGCAGCCUCCCAUGAUCAAGGGGUGGUUAACAAACAACAAGAUAUUCCAUAUCCAUUGACCAAUGGAUACUCCUAGUAAUACAUUGGACCAUAGCUAAUGCAAUUACUAACAAAAAUAUCCAUCAUUUGAAUAGUGACACAGGGGCCCAGUUGUACGAAGCCUGGAUAGCGCUAUCCAGCRGAUAAAUCCUUAUCCAGUGGAUAAGCCGAUGCUGUUAUCCAAUAAAUUUWAAAAUGGAUAAGAUUUAUCCAUUGGAUAGCGCAUCCACCCUUCGUACAACCGGGCCCAGGAGAAUAGAUCUGUAUUUGUAUAGCGUAUCCUAAACCAGAAUUUUACGGUUAACCUAUUUAAACAUGCAAAACUCCAAACAGCUUUGUCACUGUAAUGUUURCUUAUCAUUAUUUGUUUAUUAUUUAACUGUACAUAGGAAUUAAUACAACUCCAUAGGUUUUAAAGACAAACAUUURUAUUCUGGCCAGCCGCAGUUUGUAAAUUUAAUUCAAAUUGAACAAUACAAUAUUUAUGGCUUCCAGACAUUUGAUAUCUCCAAGAUGAUAGUUUUAUCAAAGUCUAAUUAGACAAAAGUAUUUCUCUUAAUUUAUGGUUUCAGGCUAGUUCUUCAACCUUUGAUUGUACAAAGGUUUUUUUGAUAGAAAUGUUUAUCAAUAUUGAGAUCUAUAGAUUAAAAUUAUAAUUUUGUAUGGUGACAAGCAAUAAAUGUUU